UCCUUCAGCGUGUCGACUGUCGACUACCAACAACAACGACAGUAGCCGGCGGUUAAUAAAGAUCGUCUAGGUCUUAAAGAUCACAUUCUCACUGUUCUAAUGAAAGAGGAAAAGAACAAGCUUUAUUUUUAUUGCUAGACACCUUUCCUCAGCUACAGUAGUAAUGCCACUUCUUAACAUUUCGUGUUUGACGAGAUACUAUAAGCUAUCAAAUGUGGAGGCUGUCCGGCAGUACCACAGAGUCUCCAAGUUAUUCCAGCCCCUCAGCGUGAAGCCCAAAGAUGCCACUGUGACCAAAGAUGAAGCGAUCUCGAUUUCGCAAAAGCUCUUGAUGGACACAGGAAUCAUCAGUUUAAGAAGCAAUGGGAUGUUUGCUCUGUUGCCUUUGGGAGAGAGGGUGAUGAUAAAACUUACGAAGCUCAUUGAUAAAGAAAUGAGUUGCAUUGGAGCUCAGAGAUUAUCCCUGCCAUUGCUCACAAGUGGAGACCUGUGGAAGAAAACAGGUCGCUGGGAAUCUACAGGACAGGAAUUGUUGAAACUAGAAGAUCGUCAUGGGAAAGAAUAUGUCCUGAGCCCAACCCAUGAGGAGGCAGUAACAUCUUUGAUGUCAGAAAUAUAUCCGUUUUCCUUCAGGCAAUUACCUCUACGUUUGUACCAAAUCAACAGUAAAUUUCGGGAUGAGAUGAAACCACGAUUUGGUCUAUUAAGAUGCAGAGAAUUUAUAAUGAAGGAUUUAUACACCUUUGAUGACUCUGUGGAAGCAGCACAUGACACUUAUGAAGAAAUAUGUAGUUCCUAUGACCGUAUAUUUCAACGCCUUCAAAUUCCAUUUCUCAAAGUUACUGGUGACUGUGGGAAUAUAGGAGGCAGCCAUUCCCAUGAAUAUCACUACAUAUCACCCACAGGGGAAGACACAUUGUUUGUGUGUGAUAAUUGUGGAAACACUAAAAAUGCGGAACUGGUCUCGAGUGACGAAAGUGACUCUUGUGAUAAAUGGAGUCAUGUACGUCAAGUCACAGGUAUAGAGGUAGGACAUACAUUCCUCCUUGGAACAAAAUAUUCAAAACCCCUUAAAGCAUCUUACCAAAAUGAGUUGGGCAAACCAGAACUACUUCAGAUGGGCUGUUAUGGCAUUGGAGUGUCCCGCCUUUUGGCUGCCUGUGUGGAGGUGCUUGCUCAAGACAAAAACAUAAAAUGGCCAUGGGAAAUUGUACCUUUCAAAAUUUGCCUCAUAGGUCCAAAGAGAGGAAGCAAGGAGGCAAGUAGUGCACUGUGGGUGGAUCACUUGGCCGAGGUGAUGAGCGGAAUGCCAGACCUGCAAGAUGAAGUGUUGGUGGAUGAUCGGGAUAGGCUCACUAUAGGGAAGCGAGUAAUGGAUGCUAAACAGACUGGGUAUCCGUUCAUUAUUGUCGUGGGUAAGAGAGCUUGUGAAAUGGUCCCAAUGUUUGAGCUGCUGGACUGUACUAUGGGGAAGUCAGAGUUCCUGUCUCAUAAAAUGUUAAUGAAUUGGGUGAGAAAAUUACCAUUAAGGUUUUCAAGCCCAAGACAAAAAGUAUGAUCAUGAAAGAAAUUUAGACGUCUAAGAAGUGGCUGGCAUAGUAUCUGGUAUGUCAUGUAAGGAGAUGAGGAGGAGCGUAGGUUGGAGUAGCUUGUCUCAUCAAAAAAGAGAGAAAGAAUUCUUCUUAAUGCAGCCCUCUUUAGCAGCAACACUUUAGGAAUCAGAAACAGUUUUAAUUGUUUCUUUGAGUGCAAGCUUCUGCACUCAAGCUCCAGUUGCUGCAAUAUAAUUGUAUUUUGUUACUACAAACAUACUUUAAUAAAAAGGUUAAUGUUUACUAUCAGUUCUUUUCAGUAGUGCAUGUCAUGGUAGUGUACCACUGUACUUCAUGUUUAUGGAGUUUUUUUUUUCAUGUGUUUGGCUAUUAUUUACUUUUAUUGAUGCUUUUGAAAAUCAACAUUGUGGCAGAAAUAGAGUCCGAUUAAAUUUUGGUUAGGUUAGGUUUAGGUGGUUGGGGAUAACAAAAGAGACCAAUUUUUGCAUUUCAUAAAUGGAUUUAAGGCAGUGGUUCCCAAACUGUGAUUAAAUUACUCUCUGGGGGUAAUUUAACAAUUUUUGGUGGGUAAUGGAGAGGUGACAGGAAAAAAGUUAAGAAUUCUGCAAAUCAAGAAAGCAUUGCAGUACCUGACAUAAAAGGAUUAAUGUUAACUUAGUAUGCAAAGUUGUAAAGUAAACCUAUUUUAAAUAAUUAUUUACUAUAAGUGAUUAUUAUUUACUAUAACUAUUAUAUAUAAUUAUUAAUUAUAAUCAAUAAAGUUAAACUGAAUAACAAUAAACAUAAAAAACUAAUAGACAGUUUUAGAAAAGAAGAAAUAUGUAUCUAAGUGUGUGGUAACCCAAACCAAUUUUGACAGGUAUUCUUCAAGACAAAAGUCAGUCAGUAACCCUGAUGACUCAUUUACAUGUCUAUAGUAUGCGUCAGUCAUCACUCACUGCCUGAGACUGCUUCUAUUCACCUUUGCCAGCGUGCAAUAAUUAUUGCAAAAUAUGAUAAUUUGGCUUUUCGUGCGACAGGCGAUAGCAUGCAUGCGAUAAGAUAAUACAAUAAUUUUCAUAAAAUGUAAUAUGUUGAUUGUUGUAGUAUUUUAAUUUAAACAUAUGUAUCAAUGUUGACAACAUUUUGUGAAAGGGGUAAUAUGCUUAGUGUGGCAUGUUAAAUUGGGUAACAAGCUGAAAAAAAAUUUGGGAACCACUGGUCAAGGAGACAAAGCAAGGACCUCGUGAAUUUCUUCUAUGAAAAUUUUAUGAUAGAUGUGAUCAAUCAAGGCUUUCCUAUCAACCACUCAAAAUGAGAGAGCAGCUUAUACAGUACAUUAAUAUUAUUAUUAAGAUAUGUAACUACUCACUCCAUGCAGUGGAGGAGAAUAAAAUUGCCAUUUGCUC